AAAGAAACAAAGCCGCAACGAUGUCGAGACCCCCGGAUCCGAAAUUUCUGCUGCGCGGCGACAUGGAUGAGGACGUUCACAGUUUGUUGUUCUCGAUUAAUUCUGACGUCGAGCAUCUCUACGCUGGCGAUGGAAAGGGCACAGUUCACAUUUGGGAUUUAAAAACGAACAGGAUAAAAUAUCAAUUGUCAGAUGGAUGGAGUCCAUGCUUUAAUUUACAUACAACUAAUGAGACUGAUUUAAUAGUACAACGAAGACACGGAGUGAUUGAUGUGUACAAAAUAAGUGAAUCAAAGUGGAUAUUAGACAGAAGCACCAAUUAUGAAUUUUGCAGUUUUUGCAGGUCUCAAUUGUUAUCUGAGAAGGAUGCAGUGUUGAUUCCACUUGACAAUUCCACAGUAGGGAUAUUAUCAUUGAAAACGUUCAAAGUGGAGUCAACAUUAGACCCGUCCAAACUGUCCUACAAUGACAAAUUAGGUAUGGUAAUGGCGAUGAAACCGUUGGUGGAUACGAAUGGCUUGAUUCUAGUUGCUUACGAGGGCGGGAAAUUAUUGUUGUGGGACAUGAGGAAGAACGAUGUCCUCAGUUCUCUCACCGUGGAACAAUAUCCAAUGACUUUCGAUUUUGACGCCUCCUUGAUGCAAGGCAUUCUUGGUAGCGCGUCAGAGAAAUUGGAGACUUUUGAAAUGUCACCGAAUCAUACUUUAUCUCACAAAUCUACGAGACUCUUGGAGCAUGUUUCUGGCAUAGCCACUCUUUCUGUAAGACCGGACAAAAAGAUUGUCACAGCUGGCUGUUGGGACGGACGUUUGAUGUUGUUCUCUUGGAAGAAAUUACGGCCACUUGCGAUAUUAAAAGAACACAGAGCUAGUAUAUACGACAUUGUUUAUUCGCAAUGUAAAGUCGAAGCUUACGAUACCAAGUGUUUAAUGGCAGCGACUGGCAAAGGUGGCUAUAUAUCUAUGUGGGAUAUCUAUAAUUAGGAACCUCACAAAUGCAUACAUGUACAUUUAUGUAUACAAAGCAACAAAUAUAAAAAUAUAUUGUAUAGUUAUUGCAAAUGAUCUAAUAAGUCUUUCCGUAUUCCUGUGUAUCAAAGGAAGGGACUGUUGCAUUUAUAUAAUCAUUGUUAUAUAAAUUCUCUGAGUAUUAAAACGCAUUUUGUUUAUUA